GAUGGUUGUAGACUUGUUGAGUUUAGUAGUUCGUGUCAUACGUUUGUACGGUAUUAUGAUGCGUUUUCUGUGUAACAUGUAAGUGAUUUGAUGGUGGAGACAGGAAAUCACGGAAAGACGCAUAUUGAGUGUGGCAUGGAUUAGGAGAGCACUCAUGGACUCCAAGGGAACUAGUUGGCUGAAAAAAGAGAAGAAUGAAGUAUAUGCUGAACCAGGCUCCUUCGUUCAGUUACACACAUCUACCAUGAAAUUAAAAGAAGAAUUGGAUGAGAAAGUGAACCAACAGUUUCUUGAAGGUCCGCUAAAGAUUGUAAUGCCUAGUCUCCAUAUAAAGCAAGACCUAGAACUAAAACAGGAGGAUGGCAUUGAGCGUGAUUGUCUUGAAGAUAAUUUGGUAAUCUCUUGGCCAAAUGAUUUUAUCAAGGAGGAUCCUGAACUAAAUUUGGAGGUGGCAGCCUCAAUAAGAAAUGCAUCUGAUAGUUUAAGUUUCAUUCAAAGUGCUGGUGACAGCUGUAACGUUUCGUAUCAAGAAGCAUUACAUCAAGGACUAGUCGAUGACGAUCAGAAGAUAGAUACAGAGAUGUUAACAGAUUUCAGUAUGUCUCAUAACUAUACCAAGUUACGGACUUCACAUGAAGACAGCUUAUGUGGCACUAGAUUAAGUUGUAGCAUCAGGGAAAAGGAAUUCCAUAAGUUUAACUGUAGUUUCUGCCUACAGAGCUUCCCUUCAAAAUACAGACUCAUAAUGCAUAUCUUCAUCCACAUGGAUGGUGUGCAGGCACCUGCAUAUGUGUGUAAGUCAUGUGGUGAGGUAUUGCCCACUGAUGACAGCUUGAAAGAACAUUUGAGAAUGAGUGAGGGUGACCAAGCAUUAUCAGCUGCCAACAGUGAGAAACUUGAAUGCAGUGAUUACCAUGAAAACAUCAUCUCCUUAGAAAGUGUACGAGAAGAAAUCGUGGAACAGACUGAGAAGCAAUCUUCAUCCAAGGAAACCACGAAAACUUUAAGGAAAUCCUUUAGUGACACAAGCAAUACACAUACUGUGACACAAGUUGCAGAGCAACUCAGAUGUGAUGACUAUGGAAUUUUGUGUACAAGUGAUCAUGUUAAUGUCCACACUGUGCUAAGUGCAAAGAGACGUCACAAAUGUGAUGUUUGUGGCAAAUUGUUUAAUCGUUCAAAUAGUCUCAAGGUACACGAAUUAAUACACACGGGAAAGAGACCCCACGAAUGCCAUGUUUGUGGAAAAUCGUUUACUCAGUCGAGCCAUCUCAAAAGACAUGAAUUAAUACAUACAGGAAAGAGACCCCAUGAAUGCGGUGUUUGUGGAAAAUCGUUUAUUCUUUCGGGCAGUCUGAAGGCUCACGAAUUAAUACACACGGGAAAGAGACCCCACGAAUGCCGUGUUUGUGGAAAAUCGUUUACUCAGUCGAGCAAUCUCAAAAGACAUGAAUUAAUACAUAAAGGAAAGAGACCCCAUGAAUGUGGUGUUUCUGGAAAAUCGUUUACUCAGUCGGGCCAUCUCAAGACCCAAAACGUAAUACACACAGGAAAGAGACCCCACGAGUGCGAUGUUUGUGGAAAAUCAUUUACUCAGUCGGGCCAUCUCAAGAGGCAUUUGUUGACACAUAUUGGAAAGAGACCCUACAAAUAUAGUGUUGCGUAAAUCGUUUCCUCAAUGGGGCAGUCUCAAGAAACACGAAUUAAUACACACUGAACAGGGACCACACAGUCAAUGUUGGUGGCAAAUCGUUUUCAGAACUGGGUCAUCUGAAAAUACACGCAGGAAUGAGCCCCUACAAAUAUGAUACUUGCGGCAAAUAUUUUUCUUACUCUGGUAAUCUCAAGGAAACAUUAGUACACACCGGUAAACGACCACACAAAUGUAGUAUUUUUGGCAAAUUGUAUAAAAACUCGAGUAACCUCAAGAAACAGCUAUCACUACACACUGAAAAGAAGGCUACACAGAUGUGAUAUUUGCUGGGAAUCUUUUAAUCCGGUCUAUCAUCUUUAGAAGCAUGCAAUAAUACACAUUACGUAGAGACCACUCAAAGUAUUGUUGAGGUCUGUAGACUUAAACAUGUUCAAAGGAGAGCACAAGUGCGUUAUGAAUAUUGUUCGCAUGUGCUACAGAAAGGUCACAAAAAAUACGACAAAUCCGUUUUCACAGCUUCAUGUUCAAAGAAGUUGCAUACUAAAUACAUUAUAUGAAGCACACAUUGCAAUUUUUUGUUAUAAAUGCUCCAUGCUAUAACGAUCUGUCUACCAGAAAUUGGUGCAUUGAGAGAUAUGUUACUUGUUUGAGUAGAAGUCCUAUGCAGUAAUCACGACUCCAUAUUCUUCAAGAGAAUUUACCAGUAUGUUGCUAAUUAUUUGAAAGAAACUGCCAUUUCAAUAUUCAUGAUGCUGUAGGCAGUACCCAGGCGACAGCAUAAAUGUGUUUAUUACACAUCCAUCACUCAGGCUAUUUUUCUCAACGAUGGAGAAAGAUACAAAAAUAUCAUGAUUAUGCAAACAUGUUACUGAGGUAUGCCUUCUUAAUAGUAAUGCUGUUUGUGUGAUCAAAAUUUGCACACAUGUGAACUAUCUGUGCUACUUCUACAUUAGGAAAUAACUGAUGGUGGCAAGUAUGCAGAGAUCAGGCAAAAAUUGUAAUCAUCUGCCUAGUAGCACUUUCAGACUGCAAUACAACAGUGCUUCUGUAUGGUAUGGACUCAUUAGUACUCUGUUAGUUUUCCACUAGUAAAUUGGACUAUAUGUCUACACACACCUCACACAGUUCCCAUUUACUGCAGGCUAUCAGUUUGUUGCUGUGUAGUUGGUGUGCAAUAGCAUCCCAAAUUCGUUUCAUAAUGAUUUAAUGAGGUGGGAAAGACAACAGUGUGAGCUAUCAUGAUGCUCAAACCAUUACAGUGUGAUUCUGACCUUGUGAUUGUGACCAGGGAAUACAUCAACCAUUAAGUGACACAGAGGCUGCAAUUAUGUUCGUGUUCUCCACAUCUGUCAUGGUGCUUCCAAUUAUGACCAGCUGUUUCUUGGCGUCUCAUAUGAAUAUCCCCUAUAGCAUGACAUUGCCCCCAACUUUCUGCACCUGUUGUGUUGUGCAUGUGUUGAACGACUGUUCAUCUGGGUGAUGGCACAUCAGGGCACAACCAUUGACCUGGUCCACAAGAAAUGUCACUUAUCCCAACACGUGACACAUCUUUAUUGGUAUGCAGUCCAAUCUCAAUUAUCCCAUUUGUAUUACUAUAGUAACUGACAAUGUUGUUAGAUCAACAUGGGAAUACAAAGCUGUUAUAUAACUUGGGGCCUCAUGUUCAACAGUGUCUGCUGAAUAGCUUGAAACUCAUGUGCCUGCUCAAGCAUUUUCUCCUGUCUCCACAGAUUGCCAUCAAUCCCAUUUUACAGAGCAGCUAGGUUCUGAUCUCCUUGUUCUAGGUAAUGCAUGGUAAUCCUACAACCUUUUGUCAACUUGUGGAUAUACCAUCUUUCAAAGAUGUUCCAUAGAGGCUAAUGAUAAAAGCAUCUGAGCAGCCAACCAGAUUCACUGUUUUUAGCUGCACUUACCCAGGCACCAGGCAAAACCAUCUGCUCUUUGGCAAAGUUAUUUAUGCCAGUUUUUUACACAUACUGUAACUAGAAUGAUCACCCAUUCAUUGCUGGUUAUAUAGUUUCGUUACUACUUGACAUAACAAAAAUGCCACUGGGUAGCACACACUCCUCCUAGGGAAGUGGGUAUAAUGAUUUGGAUCAACAGUGUAUCUUGACACAAAAGGAUCUUUUGGUAAAUUAUGUAGUAAUUCAAAUUUUCAUGUUUCAUUAAAUUUUAUGCCAAUAUACUAUUGUCAGUUUAAGUGCCAUAUUUCUUGUGAAAAAUAUUUGUAUUAAAAAUCCCUGUACAUAAUUCUGAUUAAAUGAUGAUUAAU